AUGUGCGAGAACGGAGAAUCCAACGGCGUGGCUGCCCACGGGCCCACGACCUCGAAUGGCUCUCACCCUGUCCAGGGCCAGCCCAAGUCCUCGCCUUACCAGUCUGUGCAGGACUACCUAUCGAACGUCGGCAGGUACAAGAUCAUCGAGAGUACCCUCCGUGAGGGAGAGCAGUUCGCCAACAGCUUCUUCGAUACCGAGACCAAGAUCAAGAUCGCCAAGGCUCUUGAUUCGUUCGGCGUCGAUAUGAUCGAGCUCACGAACCCUUGCAGCUCGGAACAAUCGUUCCAAGACUGCAAGACCAUUGCCAACCUGGGUCUCAAGGCAAACGUUCGUUGCCACAUGGAUGACGCCAAGAAGGCCGUCGAGGCCGGAGUCGACGGUGUGGAUCUUGUUAUCGGAACUUCCAGCUUCUUGCGCGAGUACAGCCACGGCAAGAGCAUGGCGAUGAUCCAGAAGACUGCACUCGAGGUGAUCGAGUACCUGAAGGGGCAAAAUGUUGAGGUCCGAUUCUCCUCGGAGGAUUCCUUCCGUUCCGAUCUCGUCGACAUUCUUGCGCUCUACAAGGCCGUUGAUGGCGCUGGUGUGCACCGCGUUGGUAUUGCCGACACUGUUGGCGGCGCUACCCCUCGUAUGGUAUACGAUCUCGUAAGGACACUUCGCGGUGUCGUCGGCUGUGACAUUGAGUGCCACUUCCACGACGAUACUGGGUGCUCGGUCGCAAAUGCCCACAGCGCUCUCGAAGCUGGCGCCACCCAUGUGGACACCUCCGUCCUCGGCAUUGGCGAGCGCAACGGCAUCACACCUCUGGGUGCCUUCAUGGCCAGAAUGGUUGUCACCGCCCCCGAGUAUACCAAGUCCAAGUACAACCUGAAGGAGCUCAAGGCCCUUGAGACUCUGGUUGCCGACGCGGUCCAAAUCAACAUUCCGUUCAACAACCCCAUCACGGGCUUCUGUGCUUUCACCCACAAGGCUGGUAUCCACGCCAAGGCUAUCCUGGCCAACCCUUCGACCUACGAGAUUCUCGACCCCGAAAUCUUCGGUCUUUCCCGCUACGUGUCCAUCAACAGCCGCAUCACCGGCUGGAAUGCUGUUCGCUCGAGAGCUGAUCAGCUUGGCCUCUCCAUGACUGACGAACAGGUUAAGGAAGUGACCGCCAAGAUCAAGCAAAUGGCCGAUAUCCGACCCCUUGCCAUUGAUGACACGGACAGCAUCCUUCGCUCGUUCCAUCUUGAGUUGCAGAAGGCAUAG